AGGAGAAGGUGCAGAAGGCGGAGGAGAAGGUGCAGAAGGCGAAGGAGGAAGUCCAAAAAGUCCAAGAGAAGGUUUUGCCGCUUAAGAGCGAACUGCUUGCGGGUCUGAAGUUUGAGGAUCCCAUAGCCUUACUGCAAACUCCAGGUGCUGACUGGGACUAUUGUGGUGCUCAAGAGUUGGUGGAGGAGCUGACGCCGAUAAUUAAACAGACAGUGGAGAACCCUUCCGACAAACAAGAGCGCCCAAUUCUUUUGGUUUUGAGUUCUCCUGGCCAAGGAAAAUCACGCUUUCUGCAGGAACUGCCUAUGCUGAUCAACAAAACAGAGCAAGUUGAUCCAGCUGAUCGACAACUGUUUCCGUUCCUGCUCACCUUGGAGAAUGGCAUGAGCUUUGAUGGACAGUUCGACACUGACCCUGACAAAAUCGUAGUUGCCCGCAUGCUGUGGCAGCUACUUCGGAACCGACGGGCAUCUGGAUGGGCCGGCCUGAAACCAAACUUCACAUUCAGUCAGCUGCACCGAGCGGUGGCGGAGACUGCCAAUCUCAUCGUAGAUGACAUUUUGGAUGCCAUGUGUGAGGGCGAGCAGCUGAGCGCUGCGAAUUAUAGCAUUUUGGUGGCGCUUGAUGGGAUGCAAUUUCUGCCUGGCUUUGAUAGCCCCACUGACAAGACUUCUUUGUUUUAUAAGACCAUUCGCAAGCUGUGUCAGUUGACAACUCGUGAUGAUGGUCCGUUGACGAUUGCCGCGAUGGCCGCCACAGUGCAACUCGGUGUCGAAUUUGCCCUUGCGGACAGUCCACAAAAGCGACACUAUGUCAUGCUCCCGUUGGUGGACAAGGUUUGCCGAAAUGGGAAAGCAGUAUUUAACUUCACUGGCAAUGAGGUUCUGCAGCUUCUGCAAAGUGAUAUGGGAGGGCACGGGCGAGCACUGGAGGCUUUGGAAGAUGCCUGUAACGACCAAACUCUUGAGAACAUUGACUUGCUCAAGGACGCAGUGAUUAGAAAUUUAAUGGACAGAUAUCCAAAGGCUGUCCCAGCAGAUUUUGAACCCAUCCUCAAAGCCGCUUUGUCUGGUCAGUGGUUGAAGCCGGAAGCUAAAAUUGGUAACUUUGAUCCAGAAAAGCUGCAGUUAGUGAGGCUUGAAUACAACUCAGAUAGAUCGCAACGACGAAUACGCUUACCCUACAUUUGGAUCCUUCUUGGAGUGACAAGAAAGGAUGCAUUGCCAGAUCUUGCAAAGUGGAGUCUUGAUGGCUACAAUGAAAUAUGUAGGGGUCCAGAUGCAGGUGGCCUUGCGUUUGAGGACUUUUGCGCACGCUUUCGGGUGUUGAAAUCGUUGUGCUGGCCUCCUGACGCGACUGUGAGACUGAGCGAUUUGCAUCAUGGAGCCAUUCUUCAGCCAAAGGCCUUGCGCAAUGUGAAGGUUGUCAACAGGCAUUUGAAAAAUGCCCAAGCAAAACAGAGGAUGGCGACGAAUUGCCGGGACUUCCUCUUUGGGAAACCACGCAGGGAACAACCAGCACAAAAACGAAGGGUGCAAGCAACACUUGCUGAUGGUAAAAUGGUUGACCUGCAGGACACAAACGACCAAUGCUCUUACGUUUUUCUGAAUGCAGGAGGUGCACCUGCAGCUGAUUUUGCCGUGCUCUUGCAAUUGGAUGGGCAGCAAGGCUUCCUAACCGAGUGUGGGCAAUGCAAACAAGGGACUGCAAAGGUAGAUCUACAAAACAUUCAAGAUGAAAGAGCGAAAAGUUGUGAUGAAAAUGAUUUCCUACUUAUCAUAUGUACAGAUGGCAAGCAGAUAGAUCAAUCAGACUUGCCCCAUAUGACGGGAAUUGUACAGCAGGAGCAGUGGCAGCAGUACUUUGGCCCAUAUGCUGGGCGAGCCUUCCAAGCCUUCCGCAGUUCACAGCGCCAAUGAGAAAGUGA